AGGAGCGCUUACACAGUUUCUCAAGCUUGUAUGACCAGUGAUAUAGUGAAAAACAAAACAAGCAGGAGCUGCACAUUAUCCAACAGAGACGACAAGGUUAAGCAGAGAUAAUUCCAGCCAUGGGUAAAGAUCCUAACAAACCGAAGGGGAAGAUGUCCUCUUAUGCGUACUUCGUCCAGACGUGCAGAGAAGAGCACAAGAAGAAGCACCCGGACACUUCAGUGAAUUUCUCCGAGUUCUCCAAAAAGUGUUCAGAAAGAUGGAGGACAAUGUCUGCAAAAGAAAAAGGGAAAUUUGAAGACCUGGCAAAGAGUGAUAAGACCCGUUAUGAUCAUGAAAUGAAAGAUUAUGUUCCUCCCAAGGGUGAAAAGGGAAAGAAAAAGAAGGACCCGAAUGCCCCCAAGCGACCACCAUCGGCUUUCUUUGUUUUCUGUUCUGAAAACCGUCCAAAGAUCAAAGUUGACUAUCCAGGUAGUUCCAUUGGUGACACUGCAAAGAAAUUGGGAGAAAUGUGGUCCAAGCAAACGGCUAAAGACAAGCUGCCCUUUGAACAGAAAGCACUUAAACUAAAGGAAAAAUAUGAAAAGGAUGUUGCAGCAUAUCGUGCCAAGAGUAAGGGUGAUUCUGGAAAGAAGGGACCGGGCAGGCCAACUGGGUCCAAGAAGAAGGUUGAACCGGAGGACGACGACGAUGACGACGAUGAUGAUGACGAUGAUGAUGAGGAAGACGAUGAGGAAGAUGACGAUGACGAGUGACGUGCUUUUGGAGCAAGAAGACUUCAGCUGGAAUUUACAAAACAUGAAUGUGAACUCAUGCGGCUGAAAACUGAUUCUUUUUUUUUAAAUGUACAGAUGUGUAUAGCUGUAAUACAUACUUACUAGGGUAAUGCACUGUUUUGUAAUGCAAGUAGUAGGUUAUCCUGAAAGCAUUGCUUCGUUUCAUUGUUUUGCUUUCCCCUGGUAUGUGGAGUUCCACAGCCUGUUCAAUUUUAACUACUUUGUAGCUUAUGUAGUGUACUUAGUAUAUUGCAGUAAACAAACAAAUUGUGGAUUUUUUUUUUUUUUACAUGAAACUGUUUUUGUUUUAAUUUCAUGUAUAGGUCACAAUUUUUAUAAUAAAGUUUGUAUAUUA